UCAGUUCCAUCUUGUCGUAAUUAGAUUUCCAAAUUCAAACACAUUAACGAUCAUAACAGAUUAUGAUACGGAACAGUGAACAGAUACUAUUGAUGAUUAGGCGAUGAUUUACGCGAAUAUGCGUUUGCUAGAACGGCAUGACUAUAAAACACUGCAGAAAUUACCACUUUGUCAGUAGGCCUGAGCAGAAGUGAUUAGAUGCUGCAUGCUUUUCGUGAAAACUGGUGAAUACAAGUUAUCAGGGACAGAGACAACCAAACAUGCGACCUUAGCAGAAUGCAACUGUCACUGUUUUUCUUGGUCUGCGUUUUCCUGGCAAACGCUAGUGGAAACAGCGUGAAAGAGAAACUGCAGAUAAUUCCUGCACCUAUGCCAGGAUUUAACGAAAGGGCGACACUAGGGCGAUGGUUUCAACAGUUUCGCAUGACUGGUUGCGGCUACUCGAGCUCUGACAGGUUUACAUACUACGAGCAAGAUCUGAGACCAUUCGGAGACGCGCUUCAUAGUUUUGACACAUGGAGAAAUGGAAUUUGUAACACUUUAACUACGAGAUAUUUAAGAACUGGUCCAGGAGUCUAUACAGUCAAAGAUCCAAUCGGUGCCAUCUGGAGCGGAACAGCUAUCGUAGCGGCAAGUGAUUACAAGACAUUUAAAAUCGUCUAUGGGUGCUCGAAGAUUUCAACAAUGGGCGACAGAUGCGAUGACCCCUGGCUUCAGGUUUUUACAAGAUCUCCAAAACCGGGAAAACGUACAAUAGCACGAAUUGAUUACGUUCUGCGAGGACUAUUUGAUAUAAGUAUCUCCGAGUUACCUCGAAUUAGACAAGUCAGGCCGUGUUCUCCAAUCGGAGGAGGCAAAAAGUUGGGUUAAUGACCAAUGAGUCAAAGAAGAAAAUGAAAUUAUGGUUACUUUUAGAUAAACAUGAUAUAAUCACAUGCCAUGUAGCCUUUUUGGAAUUGGUAUAGAAAAAUUCCUUCUGUGACACUUUAAACUUAGUAAAAAAUGUUAAAUAGCAGUCAUUAUAUAACGGCAAUGAAAUAUUAAACUAAUGGAUGAAUAAAUUGUAAUGUUACUGUGACACUGAGUGUAAAUUUUCCAAGU